AUGCCAACAGCACCCAUUUGGAGCAAUCUUCUUCUCGGUAAUUUUGCUCAACGUUAUGGAUAUUCUUUAGAAUCGGUGAUAGCACCAUGUUCAUGUCAUUUUGGUCGAACAACUGGUGCUUCUGAAUCGCAAAUGCGAGUAUUAAAAGAAGCAAUACUUAGUAAAAAGAUUUAUACAAGAAUCGAUGAAGUUAUUAGCAAAUUAGGAGAAACAAUUGAAGCAGUGGAAAUUCAGUUUGCCGAUUUCAUAUUUAUAAAAAGAACAAAAAGUCGAUUAUUGCCUGCAAAAAUACAGAAAAAAAUUGAAGAACCAUGGAACAAACGUAUGAAGACUGCAAAACCUGCUACAGGUGUAUAUACGUCCACGAAACCAUUGAUGAAUCUCAUGGCUAUGGUGAAUACACGUUUGUUGGGUCGAAAUGAUGAUGUUAAUUUAGAUGUUGGACAACUUCCGUUACUCAUACGAUUCGAAAAUGCUGGUAAUACUUGUUGGUUUAAUAGUAUAUUUCAAAUGUUGUUAGCAUCUGGUCAUAUAGUUGAAAGAAUACGCAAAUUCCAUAUUAUUGAUGAUGAUUUAGUACCGUGUAAAGUUAUGAUUGUAAGCCAAAUAAUAAACGUAUUCAUAUCUAAAUCAAUCAAUUGUCAUGCUGAUGGAAGAAAGGCUAUUGCAAACAAAAGUUUUAUUAUAGAUCAGUUUAGACAUCUGCGUUGGGCUGGCUUUAAUAUUGAAACCUAUAAACAAUAUUGUGUAUUUGAUUUCUUUCAAACAGCAAUCGUACCGAUGCUUUUAUUCUAUGAUAUUGAUUUUCAAUAUGUAUUAGAUAAAUCUAUGCAAUGUUCUUCCUGUAAAGAAUUAAUUUCAAUUACUCAACAAACAUGGGACUAUCUUCUCGUAAAUCAAACAACAAAUGAAGAGACUAUUGAUAGUAUUAUGACUGAUUUAUUUGGUCCAGUAUUGGCUAUGCAAUUAUGUCUUAACUGUUUAAAAAAUGAUCUUCAUCCUACAUCAAUGUCAAUAUUAAAUUGUCCAAAACAUCUUUUUCUUCAAUUUGAUCCACGCGUGACCAACAAUCGAAAACGACCUAAAUUAACAGCACAUGUAGAUUUUGCAAAAAUUUUAUCAAACAAUGUUAUAUGCACUCGUUCAUAUUCAUGUUAUACAUUACAAUCAUUUAUUGUAUUCAAUGGUACAGAUGAUAAUGGACAUUAUAUGACAUAUGCUCGAUUCAAACAAGACUGGUAUUGUCUCAAUGAUACAGAUAUUACACUAGUGAAAUCGUCAGGUAUUUUUGAAGAUCAUGCUAAAGAUCACUCAGUUAUGAUGGCUCACUUUACUCGACCAUCUGAAAUCGAUGUAUUUUCAUCAGCAUUAUGGAACGUUUUCACAAAUUUUUCACCAAUAAAUGUCUCAUUAACACCACAUUUAUCAUUGAAUGAUGCUGCAAAUUAUUUUGCAAAACAUUAUCUCAUCGAAAAUAAUCCACUCAACUUAGUUGUCAUUAAAUUUUUCAACUGUUCCAUUUGCAAAACAGAAACGUUUACUGCUGCGCGAAUGUAUGAAGUAUGGCAAAUGAAAAAAGACGCAUUACAUGUUACUUAUAAAAUGAAUUCUUUUAUGUACGAAGAAAUAAAAUGUUCUUCUUGUAAUACAUCAGGAUUGACUAAUUUUGUUUUAUAUGAUAUACCACGAUUUCUUCUAUUGAAAACUGAAAGUACUGGUACAGAUUGUGUAAGUUUAAUUGAUGAUAUAGAUCAAAUUCGUAUUCGACCAUCUGAUAUACAUUUACCAUUCGACUAUCAUGUGCAGACAAUCUUAAUUGUACUUGAAGAAGAUGAUAUAGUUUAUCUAAGAAAAACUACCAAUGGUUAUUCAUCUUUGAAUAAAACUACUGGUCAAUUUGAAGAAUUGCGUAAUGUAUCAGCAUAUGAAACAGGUCUAGCAUCACGUUGGAUAAUAUUCGUUUAUGAAACUGAUGAAAAUGUCUUCUAUCCACCAUUAAUCGAUAAAAUAACUUUCGAUCAAAGUACUUUAGCAGAAGGUAUAGAACCAGAUAUAUGGACUAUCGAUACUGUUCAAGAUCUUUUACCAACAUUUACUGAUAUUUUAAGAGUCGGUUCUAUACAAAUCAAAAAAGAUGAUAUAAAACUAUUGCUGGAUAAUGACGGUGAUAUUAAUGAUUUGAUUAUAGAUGCUCAUUUAUUUAUUACUGCAACUACAGCACCAUUUCACAAACGAGUUUUAGCGAUGGAAACUCAUACAGUAUCUGAAAUAAUUCAGAAGAAAGUAAAACACAUUAAAAAAUCAUGGUUUGAUUACGAUAUUAUUCUCUGUCCGAUCAAUCAAAAACAUCAUUGGUAUUUAGUAAUAAUUGAUCUGGAACGAAAUUUAAUAAUUGAAUAUGACUCAUUACCUACACAUGAUCUUCCACGUCGACAAAACCUACAACGUCUCAUACAUAUGAUAAACAUUCACAAUUUCUUAAAGAAUGGAACUGAUAUAGAUUUUCACAGUGAUUGGAAACUAUCUGAACCAAGUGAAGAUUUCGACUUACAUCAAAACGAUCAACAUUCAUGUGGUGUCUAUCUUUUAACACAAGCUAAAUCAUAUAUUAAUCGUGAACAACAUCAACCUAUUCCACAAGAUGAAAUCAAUCUAUAUAGACAUCAAAUAGCUGAAGAAAUACUUCGGAAAGCAGAACCAAUAUCCGAUGAUAGUAUAUCAGACGUGAGUACAAGUAAUUUCCGCAUAUCAUAUAAAUUGAUUUCAAUUUUGUUCAAUAGAUAUCCGACAUAGAAAUGCCAAACACAAAACCACGCAAUAAGAAAACGACGACAACAACAAAAGCAAAGACAAAAGACAAAAAAAAAUGAAUAUUCAAAAAUAUUUCUUUUUACUAAAAACAUAAAUAAAAAAAGCCAUUCUAGAAUCGGAAACAUAGACAAAUCUCACACAAUAUAUAUCAUUUUUCACGAUUGACAACAAAAUAGGAUUCGAUCUCAACCCCACCGAAUGCCACAAUGCAACAAAGACCACCCAUCAGCAAAAGACACCUGAGAAUAACUUCAUAUCGCACAGACCAACACCAUUCAUCACCCAUUCCAACAGAACCAUACAUGAUCCUAGACAAUCUAAAAAACCACCAACACUCACGAACGAACUCACGCAUUCAACUAUUACACUAACAGGUCACUAGAAGACCAUCAACAUAAGACUCAGUACAGUCAAAAUCACCCAAGCUCUAGCUAUAAAAACACAUUUUAUCAUUAACCAAAAACUUGUAUUCAUAAAAUCAUAUAAAAACAUCGACAUCAGGAAGAAAUCUAGUGCUCUCACUCGAGCACCAAAUGCCUACACCCUGACUUCGUCUAAUUUACAAAAUCUUCUCUUUAUUUCAGUUGAUUUUAUAUAAGAAAAGAUCUUUUCACUUACAUCAACACCUCACACUCGUUACAUCCGAAACAAAAACGGAUGUUUCAUUGCAAUUCACACCUUUUUCCUGUCUAUUUUCUCUUCCACCGAAGGCGUAUCUCCUAAGAAAACAAGUCACCACCAAUCCUCUAAUCACAUUCAAAACAAUCUCACACAUUAGUCACGAUGUCACACAUUCAUUUCUACCACAAAUAUACAACUCUGACACAUGAAUCUAAGUGUACAUCUAUUCUCUAGACCGAACAAAACCGGCCCACACAGUCACGCCUCACCAUGUCUUUGCCUAUGCAUCGACGGUUCGAAAUCUAUUCUAUCCAAGAUGAAAAUACCCUCUUUCACAUAAUUAAAUUCUCUAUCGAAUGAUAUAUUCAUCCUCUUUUUGAAAUGGAGAGCGCCGUUUGAUGACACGAUCUUAAUAUCCAAACCUUAGCUUUACCCAUGUCGGUCAUAUAUUUUCCCCUCGUCCCAUCCUGCUUCAAAAUCCAUUCUCGCUAUGAUGAAUAUACCAUCUUGUAGAGAAUUGAAUUCUCUAUCGACUGGCAUAUUCAUCCUCUUUUUGCAAUGGAUAUUAAAUGAACUAGAACCCAUCGCAAUAUCGGAAAACAUUGCAUCGAGGUGGAAGUCGGGUCUUUUUUUCAUUUUCGACCCCCCGUUCAAAAUCGAUUCUCGCUAUGAUGAAUAUACCAUCUUGUAGAGAAUUGAAUUGUCUAUCGAAUGGUAUAUUCAUCCUCUUUUUGCAAUGGAUAUUUAAUG